AUGUUUCCAUCAAACUCCUCCAUGUUAUGUGCGGUGCCCUGGCGAAUUUUGGGUCUCGCUGGCCUAGGAUUGGCGCUGACUUUAGAGAGUUUAUAUUGGUUGUUUAAAAGGAGGCGCUCCGUGCGGGAGGUAUUGUUUUUUCCGGUCCCACUCACCUGCACCGAGCCACUGCUGUACCCUGGGAUUAAAUGCCAAUGCCGCCUUCCUCAUACUGAGAGUGCGCUUUCCCGGCUCCUCAGGCGGCUCCUUAGGGCCCAACGCACCCUGGAGCUCUGCGUUUUCACUUUCUCCAGCGAAUCUCUGGCCCGGGCUGUGCUGUUGCUGCAGAGCCGAGGGGUCCGGAUCCGAGUCAUCACCGACAGCGACUACAUGGCGGCCACGGGCUCACAGAUAGGGAACCUGCGGAGCGCUGGGAUUCUAGUUCGUCAUAACCAGACCUCCGGUUUCAUGCAUCACAAGUUUGCUGUAUUAGACCGAACUGUUGUGAUUACUGGUUCCAUGAACUGGACUUCACAGGCCAUCCAGACAAACCGAGAGAACCUUAUCAUCACAGAUGAUAGGUCUUGCGUGACUGCAUACCUAGAGGAAUUUGAGAGACUUUGGAAAGAAUACGACCCUGUAAAUUAUGAUUUCUGUCCCUGA